GAGGCAAAUAAAAAGGAGAGUCUCAUCAUCAGAGCUCCUCCUGGUCGCUCAUUUCUGAGCCGGAGCUUUCUCAGGCAGUCGCGUCAUCUUUUGUUCCUCCCACUGUUUGCCAUUCACACACACACACACACACACACACACACACACACACACACACACACACACACACACACACAGAUUCCUCUCUUUUAUUGUGGGAAUUCCAGGCACAUGUGAGUGAAGCAGAUUCCAGAUCCCCCUCCCCCAGCUGGUAACCCCUUCUCAAUGAAGCACGCCAACGAAGGAGGAGAGAGGGAAUGGAGGAGGAUAGUUAAGCUAAUUCAUCAAUACCUUUAUCUAAUCCCUCUUUUCCCCACGUCUCCCUCUCUCUUUGCCUCAAGGCAUUCGAGCAAUCCAUCCAGCCCCCACCUCCAUGUCUUUCCUUCCUCUCAGACAUGAGUCUGCCUGAACAUGUUCAGAGGGACGGGAUGAAUCGAGCAGAGGAGUGUUGCUACUCUCGCCUCCCUGCGUUUGUGUGUGUGUGUAAGUUGAGUCCUCAGAGGGCUGCGUGUCUUGACUCCCACCCGGAGCAAAAGCAGUGAUUAUAGACUUGAGACUAGGUGUGGCGAGAUAGGGCGGCGUCAGAGGCUUUGUCUCUGGUUCUUGUACAACCCACCAACUUGGUGGGGGGGAGGAGGGCUCAGGCUGUCUAUCCAGACUCUGUCCCGGAGCCAUGCACAUUGUGGGACUGAAAGAGCCGCUGUGUGUGGCUGAGCCGCUCUUAAACCAGGACUUUCCUCCCAGCGUCAGGAAAAGCACAAGUUCAAGAAGCUUAGCAGCGUAGCAGCGAGAGCACGGCCGAGCGGAGAGCUGCGGGAGCUUUUGGCCGUUUGGCUUCAGGAUUCAUUCAUUCUUUUUUUCUUUUAACGGGAACGAUUUCUUUGGAGUUAAACAACAUUUACUUGUGAGGAUUUAAAAGCACAUUUGACUUGAAAUAAACAAGAUUUAAAGGAUGAGACAUCAAUGAUAAAACCACUUGGAAUAUGGGACUUUUAAUCUCUGAUUUGGACUAUGGGGACUGGAAACUGUGUGUUUGUGCUCAACUCUGGGUAAUUCUGCUAACUCUUGCAGGUAAAAUCUCUCCAACCAGCUCGGACUCCCUCUUCAGCUCCUCAGCGAUGACAGCCAGCCCCCCGCCACCCAGUGUGUAUCUGCCUGCCAACUUCAAAAUGUCCAAUGCACAGCUGGCCUUCUUCUUGCGGGAGGCCCAGAUCACGGGACAGACGUUUGGCGGCGGCAGUAAGGCCAGCGGCGGCUCCACUGGACAUCCGCUGCAGCGCUCAGAGAGUUUUGUGGUUUUUCAGACAAAAGACCUCCCUGCCAUCAACAUAAGCUUUGGGCCUUUUGCCCAGGACCAGGCUUUGUCCAAGGAGCUGCUCCAGCCAGCCAGCCCCCUGGAUAUUGCGGGCCAUCUCACGGUUGGCUGGAAGGUGCGGGCUUUUAUUGUCCAGGCGAGGGUCUUCUCCAACAACCCCACCGUCCAGGUGUUCUUCUACAUCGCCGGACGCGACUGGGACGACUUCAAGGCUCAGGACAACCUGCCGUGCGUCCGCCUGCACGCUUUCCGCGACGUCCGGGAAAUCAAGACGUCCUGCCGCCUGAGAGGCAACCUGGCGCAGUGCCUGGCCCAGCUGGAGCUGCCACCAUCUUGGUUCAACACCAACGUGGCGCCUCUGGGUCGGAGGAAAGGCUCCGGCGAUGGGUUGCUGGAUGGGCUGACCGGCGAGACCCUCCAGGCGGAGCUCUACUAUACGCUGCACGAUCCCAACGUGGACGGGGAGUGCAGCGAGGGUCAGAGAGGGGGCGGCCCGUCCAGAGGGGAGCCUCUGUCGCAGCACCCUCUGCUGCGCAUCGGGAGUAUCAGCCUGUACCAGGCCAGCCAGGAGCAGCUGCUGGUGGACAAACAGCUGGACAAAAACAUGUUCCUCAGACUGCCAGAGAAGCCCCUGAAACCUGGAGAAACACUGAAGAUCCUCCUCUACCUGAUGCCCAACUCCACUGUGGAGCAGUUCACACUCAAGGUCAAAGCUAAGAAGGGGGUGAACCUGGUGCAGACCAAGUCCAAGAAUGCCCAGUGGAAGGUGGACUGGGAGGUGCAGUCCGGCGCCAAGCAUUCCAUCACCACCGUGGACGUGAGCAAGAACAAAGCAGUCAGGCAGGGGGACGUGUUGGGGAAUGUGGAGGUGAUGCAGCUGGACUUUGAGAUGGAGAACUUCACCAGCCUCUCUGUGACCCGGAGGAUCAACUGGAACAUCGACUACAGGGGCCAGAACCCGGUGCCYGACUCAGAAAAGGUGGUGACGGAGCUGACGGUGGUGCAGCGGGACAUCCAGGCCAUCAUCCCUCUGGCAAUGGACACCGAGAUUAUCAACACAGCUGUUCUGACCGGACGCACUGUGGCCAUUCCUGUCAAAAUGGUCUCCAUAGAGAUGAACGGGGCCGUCACGGACGUCUCCGCCUCUGUGCAGUGCAAGUCGUCCAACGAAGACAUCGUAAARGUUUCCAUGAACUGCGACUACGUGUUUGUGAAYGGGAAAGAGACGCGGGGCUCCAUGAACGCCAGGGUCAUCUUCAGCUACGAGCACCUGAGCGCGCCGCUGGAGCUGACCGUCUGGGUGCCCAAACUGCCCCUGAAGGUGGAGCUCACCGACAACAGCCUGAGCUUCAUCAAAGGCUGGAGGGUCCCCAUCCUGCCUGACCGCAGGAGCACCAGAGACAGCGAUGCAGACGACGAAGACGAUGAGCGCCGAAUGAGUCGCGGCUGCGCCCUCCAGUACCAGCGGGCCCAGGUCAAGGUGCUGACCCAGUUCCACACCACGUCCACAGAGGGCACCGAUCAGGUCAUCACCAUGCUGGGACCAGACUGGCAGGUGGACGUGACGGACCUCGUCCAGGACUCCCUGAAGGUGGCYGACCCCAAGGUUGCAGAGCUGGUCGACAGGACGAUUCUGGUGGGCCUGGAACUGGGAUCCACGGCGCUGAAGGUGGAGUCUCCGCUGGCGGUGGACGCAGUGCUCGGCGAGACCACGUUCUCCGUCACAGACGACAAGGUGUCCAUCACGGAGCUGCGUGUCCACGCCGUCUCCGGCCUGACCCUGUCCCUGCAGCCCAGUCCCGGAAACAGCCACACCAUGGUGGCCAAGGCUACUGGCGUCCAGACGCUCACUGCUCUCAAACAGGAGGCCAGCUUGUCCGUCUGGAUGCUUUUCAGCGACAACACAGCCGCCCCUCUGAUUUACUUUGAUCCCAAAGAUUACAACCUCAACGCCUCCACGCUGGACGACAAAGUGGUGUCGGUGUCCCAGGAGCCUCAGCAGCGCUGGCCCACGGUGGUGGCAGAAGGCGAGGGAUCUGGAGAACUCGUGCGUGUGGAGAUGACCAUCUGCGAGGCCUGCCAGAAGACCAAACGCAAGAGCGUCAUUGCAUCUGCUGCGGUUCAUGUCAAAGUUCGCUUCGGUCUGGAGGAGGACUCUGAGGAGGAUGCAACCACAGAGGGCGAGAUUGAGCCGGUGCCCGUCACCAGGCGGACAGUCAUUGAUCCCAACAUCAAUGAGAGAAUUUAUGAGACUUCUAACGAGCAGCCUGCUAGUGUUCCCAUUGAUUACACCAAUUUCCCCACAAUUAGCAACCAGGAGCGGCCGACCGAGAGUGCUGAAGAGGAGGAAGAUGAUUUUGUUCACUCCCCCCGCAACAUGACAGACCUUGAGAUUGGCAUGUACGCCCUGCUAGGUGUCUUCUGCCUGGCGAUAUUAGUUUUCCUCAUCAACUGCAUCGUCUUUGUGCUGAAAUAUCGCCACAAGCGCAUCCCGCCUGAGGGCCAGGCCAACAUGGACCACUCCCACCACUGGGUGUUCCUUGGAAACGGCCAGCCKCUGCGGGCCCAGUGCGACCUGUCGCCGCAGCAGGUGGAGAGUCCCAGCAACCCUUUGGAGGGCGUACAGACUUGCUGCCACGGGGACCACCACAGCAGCGGCAGCUCCCAGACCAGCGUCCACAGCCAGGUGCACGGACGGGGGGACGGCAGCUCCGGAGGGUCCACGAAGGACAACGGCGAGGAGGCCAGUUCGCCCACCUCCAAGCGCAAAAGGGUCAAGUUUACCACRUUUACCACCCUCCCCACGGAGGAGCUCCCCUACAACUCCAUCCCCAUCGCAGAYGAAGAGGACAUUCAGUGGGUUUGCCAGGAUAUGGGCUUUAAAGACCCAGAGGAACUGCACGAUUACAUGCGCAGAAUAAAAGAAAUAGCCUGAGAUAGGAGGCUCCACUCAGCUUUCUAAAAUAAAAAGAAAAGACAUCUCCUUUCUAUUUUUCUCUUUUUCACAUAAGUGAAAGCUAAUUUUUUCACAGACUAAAAGGCCAACGGUUGUUUUGGUUAGGGUUUGUUCCAUGUAGUUUGCACAGUGCUGUAUAAUCAUACACCCUCACACGGGAGCGAACGCCAGGAAGCCAAAGACUCGAGCGGAGGAUCUCAGUCAGCGGAGACGUCUGUAAAUCUUGGCUCCGGCAAACUCGUCUCGCUUUAGAUGCUGAGCCAUGAUAACACAAACAAGAGCUGCUUCAGCUCCUUCUUUUUGCAGGAAAUGCCUCUCGCAGAUGCCUGACGUGGAGCAGAGCCGGCGGCUCGGCAGGACCUGACAGUACUGGACCUGUUCCAAACUAWGAGGCCUUUGAUGAACAAAGAACUGUCAAAGAGUCGAAUUAGACCUAAAACGGUUUUUCUGCCAAAGUAGGAGCAGAAUUAUUUUAAUGGCAAAUCUUCUUUAUUGUUGUUGUUUGUGCAGCACAUUCAUGAUUUAUACUCAUUACUUACAUUUUCUACAUUUCAUAGGUAGUUGAAACCAGUGCCCUACUGCAAAUCCCAGUGUUCCUGACAAAUCGAAUGCCUUAUAUUUAAAACAAAAUGUGAYGGUUCACUUCCUAAAUUGAUGUGAACAUCCUGUUAUCUCACUGUCAAGAGGUUAGACUCUGAAAAAGUUGUGUGAAAUGUGAAUAAAAACUAAAUGCAACAAAAUGGCAGGUGUCAUAAGCCACAACAGAUUAAAUGUUUAAAUUAAGUAAUUUUAUGUCAGCAACACAUCUUAAAAACAUUCAGACYGAUCCACAGUCCUGAAUCGUCUUUGCUAAAUUUUAUUCAGGACAGGAGCUGAAACCUGUGUGCACUUUUCUGCAUUGAUGGUGCCUUCCCAGUCGUGUGAGACGCCCAUGCMAGAGUCACUAAUGCACCCCCCAUACCAUCAGACAGGCAGGUUUUCUAAAUGAAAUUUCAGAUUUUGAUUUAUUUAUCUUUGCUUCAGUUCAUUUUAAAUGAUCUGUAGCUUGGAUAGUGUUCAGACAUGGUUUCUUCUUUGCGUGAUAGAGCUUUAAUGAGUAUAUGUGGAUGGUACUACUGAUAAUGAUGUGUGGAAGUGCUCCUGAGUCCCUGCAGUCAUGCCCAGAGCAGAAUCAGACCUGUUUCUGCAGAUUCUUCUAAUCUGUUGGUGAGAUUAUGAGCGGCAGAUGAUGGGAAACCCCUGCCCAUCCUUGCUUCUGAAAGAUUCAGCCUCKCUAAAAUCUCUUUUUAUGCCCAGUCUUUUUACUGACUUCUUGCCUAAUCCAAUAAUUAGUUACAAAAUGCUCCUCCAGUUGUUUCUYAUUCGAACCACUUAUAUAUUGCUGCCAAAAAAAUUCAAAAUAACCUCAUCUUAGUUUAAACAUUUGAUAAGUUUACUAUCAUAUAUAUACAUCCUUGUAUUUAAUUUUUUGACAUUUUGCACAAACUUUUUCAGAUUUCCACAYGAAGAGAACUUCACAUGAAAGAGAACCAUAAGGCACAAAUCAACCUUUUAUUUUUUCAAAUUUGUAAAUGUUCGUAUUGUAAUUAGAUGAUUAUUUAUACACAUUAAUCAGCUGAAUAUGUUAUCAUGCAUUACCAUGCAUGCCGUGUCCGGCCUACGUACACGCAGCCGUUCCUCGGUGUAAAUACCUGUCGAGCACUUCAAAUUCUCAACCGAAUCCACGGAGCAGGAGGAAUCCCAAUCKGGUUGAAGUUUUGGAACUUUUAUAUUCUUGUGGUGGGUCUAGAGUUCCCCCGACGUUUUCGUUCUGAUAGAUGUAGAUUUUUAACACGCUGGUAACACAUUUGACUGUUAAAACGUGGGGAUUUGCUAUGCAUCAGGACUUUAAUGCUUUUGUUUCCCUUUCCCAAAAUCAGCUGAUCCGCAGCCGAGGAGACGAGAAAAUUUAGAAACUGAAACAAACUGAGCACAAGGGCCGAAAUAUUCUGUGAGGAAAUGUGACAAAUCCAGAAACAAGGUUAAAAUUGUAUUUUUUUUACCUCGUCAUUUAUGUCAUCGCUGUCUCGUGGUUUCACACUAAUUUGACUAAGGCUGCGCUUUUUUGCGCAGGAGACCUUGGCCUCUAAAUCCCCCGCUCCCCUGCUGUGAGCCACAUAGUGUCUAUUAUUAUGCUAAAGAGGCGCACGCACACCUAGAGACACACCUAACCCUAAUCACUGCUCACCUACAUGUCCACCCUCAGCCCAACAGUGUGCUCCUACAUAUCCGGGUCACGGCACCAGAAUGUCCGGGUCACGGCACCAAAUUUUACAACAACGAAAGAUGCUUGUAUGUAGAUGUUUUUGCAGAGUGUCUGAACCUGGCAUUGCGUCAUCUUUCAAGGACCAGGCUGGGGAUGUGGCUUUUUUCAUCAUGGCCUUUUCCAGCAUAAAACGAUGUUGAAAUUCCAGUGAAAGGCCAAGUAUAAAGUCUCGUCUGCUCUUUUUACAAUUUUUUACUGUAGCUCUGAAAAUACAGUGGCAUCAAUGUAUGUUCUUUGCAACACACCACAUUUUUCAGAGCAAAAACUUGUAAACAAGAGCCCUUGAGAAACAAUGUGACAAUAUCAUGAGGCGUGGUGGGCGUGGUGGGUGUGUCUGGAUUACCUGCAGGAAUUUGUCGAACAAAAGGCCACUAAUAGCCCUCAGAUUGCUAAGAAGAAGGAGGGGGUUUGUCCUCAGGAUCUUGAAAUUUCAGUCAAGCUAGUGUUCAAGCACAUUAUUUUAUUUAUAUAUCGCAGUUUUUAUUCAUCAUCUCCAGCAAACAUUUAAACUUCACAGCGUGAGCAGAUAAGAGUCAGUUGGUGGGACAAAGAACAACACUCAAUAUAAUUUUUUUUCUUAGUUGAAUAAAUUGUUCACACAAAUGUGCAAUAUUCUCUAGGUGUUGUGAUCAGUUUUGUUUCCAGUGUGGACAGGAAGUGGAGUUAAACACAACACCAGAACCUAAAUGAUGAUUUGAACCAUCUACAUAUUUCAACAUGAUAAAGUCAUGAAAUGUUAAUUGUUGUCCUGAUAAUUUCAUUCUAAAAGGUAAAUCAGAAGCAACCUGCAUAAUUUGGGAGAUUUUUUAAAUCUUUGAGUUAUUUUACUGACAGCUCCUGUGAGAUCGUUCAGCUCAGUGUUUUACUUGUUUUGAACGUUUGUGGUUUUAAAACAGUUCGGCGGCUUUGAUUUAAAAUUCUGAGUUAUUCACCGUAUAAAGCUCCAGUUCACAAGGAAAGUUGUCUCUGAGCUCUGUACAAGACAACAGGGGCGGAGCCAGAGGGGUGCCCAGGGUGUCACUUGGCCACCCCAGGUGCCACCCCCAAAUGAUUGACAAGUGGGGUGGAGUUUGUAUGUGGCAUUUUAAAGAUGGGCAUUCAAUGAGAAAUUUUAUCGGCUAGCUGGGUUAGCUUUUAGCACAUCAUGGGGAUUGAGCUCGGCUAUCAACAUUCCAAAUUUCAGCUCAGUAUUCCUAAAAGUGGACGAUUUGUGGCCGUUUGAAAUCAGUUUUGGCUGCCAUGAUGGAUUUUGUAUUUGAAACCAGAUUGUAAACGAUUGUUUCUCAGCUACUACUAACUGUGUGUGUUUAACAAUGGCUAAAUUAUAUCCCUUUGUGAAAUUAGCAUUAGCAAUUGUCUUUGCAAUCACCAUGUUUUUGGAUAACUAGUAGUUACGAUCACACACAUAGCUCAAUAUUUCUUAAAACACCUGAGUUAGAGCUGUUUGAUGUUAGCUAUGGAGGGCAUCUUGAAUUUUCAAAUCCAAAGUAGUUUUAUUCAUUUGUAUGACCCCCCCCCCCCCCCACCCCCUGAAAAACCAUCUUGGCCACCCCUGUGCCAGUUCCGCCCCUGCUAAACAAAAACGUCAGUCAGAUCCAAGGAGCUGUUGAUCCCAGAACCAACCUGUCAGCAAAUCUGUGUCCAAGCAUAAAAAGUAUCAUUCAUCUGCUAAAUACCACAUUUGUUUUUCAUCUACAGAAACAGCUGAAGUGACUGAAAAUAGGUUGAAAAUGACAACUUCGUUUGAACAUUUGUUUGGGAUGGAGGAGUCAGACAUUUUCCGUUCUUUUACCCUGAAAUAUUUCAAACCAAACAGUCAAACCCUGCAGGAUGACAGCAGAGUUGAGACACUUUAUUGCUGUCACCCUGAAACUGUAGCAUAUGUUCAGUUUUUUAGUAAUAGAUAACUAGAGACAACUUCUGAUGGUUAAUUUUGUUCCAGCUCUGAUCUCACAUGAAACAAUUUAUUUUAAGGACUAAUGAGCCAAGCGUGAGAUGAAACAAAAAAGUCUCUCUGAGUUCGUUUCGUCUGAUUCUCUGAAUUUGAGAGGCUUUGAUUGUUCUUUUAUCUGGUGAAACUCAGAGUCAAAAGAAAUCAAUAAUGAGCUCAGGUUCUGUUUGUUCUGAUCCUAUCUGCAUCAUUAGAAAUAAACCCAAUCCAGAACUCAGAAUAUUAUUAAUGCAGCUUAAUAACUGAACUAAUUAUUUUUAUUUAUUUUUUGAUCUCUUACAGGUAAAAUAUUGUUUUCUCCCAGCAACAUUGUAAAUACAGGAGCAGAACUUGGUUUUUAUUUACUGGAACAUGAUCAGUAAACCAAAUGUUUCAAAAAUGUUUCAUGUGUUCUGCCAACAGGAUGAGACUUUUUUAUAUAUAUUUAUUUAACUCCAUUUUACUUUUUACCCAGUCUGCUAAUAUGGAAGCACAUUUCUGCCACUGUGGAGAAAAAAAACUUUUAAGUCAUAAUUAUGAGAUCUUUAAAAUAUAGUUUGGUUUCUCAUAAUUGUGUUUUAGCAUUUUGUUCUUAAUUAGCAUCUCAAAAUUAGUUAUUAAUAUCCAAUAUCUUACUUAGUGAAUUAGCAUUUUAUUCUAAUGUCUUGGCUUUUAAUACUUUGAACUUAGCAUGUCAGGCUGAUUAAGCAUCUAUUUACAAUUCAGCAUCUCAGUGUAAUGAUCUGACUUAGCAAUUCAAAGUAUUAUGACUUAGCAUCUCAUAAUUAUGAGUUAGCAUUUCAUAAAUAUAACUAGCAUCUCAAAACUAUGUGUUAACUGCUCAAAAUUAUGACUUAGCAUCUCAUAAUGACUUAGCAUCUUAUAAUCCUCAAGUCGUAGUUUUGAGAUCUUUGUCUUCAUUAUUAYAACUUAAACAUUUUUUAUUAACAUGGCAGUAAUGGCCUUCCAUAGUAAGCUUAAAAGUUUUUGUUUUGCCUAUAAAUGAUGGUCGUUUGGGACGUUUGUAGCUCUCCUGACAGAAUCUGGCUGAUUUAUGUGUAAUGACUGAUCUGGUGACCUUUUCAGUGCAGAGUAACUAACAGCAGAUUUGUUCAUGCGUGAUAAAUACUGAUCCUGUUUUGUUUUGUUUUUUAAUUCUCCUUCUUCCUCCAUGCAUUUUCAAUCUUUUUUUGUUGUUGUAAAGCUGCCAUGUUACUCAUUUCUCUUGUCUUCAAGCUGCUAACAAAGACUUCUUACAACAUGUAAAUGAAGAUUUUGAAUUGUAUUCCCACCCUCACAAACCACACGUGGUGACCUGUGCACGACAUCCACGGCUCUGUUGGCUGAGUUGAGUAACCACCACACUGACUAUAAUAUUGUAAUGUACAGAGCACUGUUAAAUUUCCUGUAUUCUAUUGAAAACGAGCCCUUGUAUUUUCCUGUUAUAUGUAAAGUACUAAAGAAAAUGCAAUACACACGUGA